AUGCAUCGUGGCAAAACUGCAUUCUCCUGUGUAAAAGUAAUAAAAAGCAGUAGCGUCGGUGACGAAGGUAUACCCCACAACUACAGACUGCCGUCGAAAGCGUCUUUUGGCGUCUUUCUGUCGGAUAUGAUCGGAAAUUUCCGCAUCGGGGCAGUUUUAACACACGGCUUUUGUACUUACUUGAUUUUAUGGAAAUAUUCUUUAAAAAAUUCAGAACAAUUUCAUCCAUUUAUUUCUGAUAUGACGAAGGAUUUAUGCCAAAGAAAAAACGAUUCAAAAGUUUACUAUAGAAUUUAUCCAAUCCAUUAUAUCGAUAACAAAUACGUUAAACUUGAUAAAGAUAAUAUCAAUAUUUUUAUAAGAAAUAGACAAGACCUAGCAAAAAAUUGUAGUGCUUUACAAAAAGAUUACAUAUAUUGGAAAUUUAUAACUGAUGGAGUGUUCAGAAAUAUUUCACAAGGAAAUAUUUACAAUACCAUAAUUGAGGAUGUAUUAGAUAGAGUUAUUGAAGGCAAUGAUGCUAUAAUAUUAGCAUUCGGGCAAACUGGAUCUGGAAAAAGUUUAACAAUUGGAGGUUUGGAUGGAAUUCGACAGAAUAUAGGAAUAUCCCCAAGAUUAAUCAGCGAUUUAUUUGAAUUAAAAACAAAAUUUAAGAAAAACCUAAAAUUUAAUCUGGAAAUGUCAUAUAUGGAAUUUGGAAGUAAUAAUGCUUUUGAUCUGCUUAAAGAAUGUCCCAACACUGUUGACUAUCCAUUUACAAUGUCAAAAAUUAGGGUAAAAGAAAAAAUAGAAGCCUAUACUUAUCUAUAUAAGGGAGAAGGUCGAAAAGACUUUAUUUUGAACAACCAUAGAUCCCAUAUAUACAGCAGCGUAUUAACAUUUUUCAUAACUAUUAAAAAUUUAAGUCUUGAGAAACCGCAUCAGUUUUCCUCAAAGAUUCAUGUUAUUGAUUUAGCGGGUACAGAUAGUUUUGGAAAUGAAAGCUGUGGAUUUAAGUCAAUCAAGGCAGUCGGAAGUGCUAAUUUAAUUAAAAGUAACUUGGAAGCAUUUAUUUUAUAUUUGUGUGAUAAUCUUCCAGAAAUUAUUAAAGUUAAAUAUAGGAUGAACCCAUUAAUUAAGUAUUUAGGAUCAUCGUUAAGUAAUGAAACUAUUCUAAGAUUUAUAGGCCAUAUCAGUUUAGAGCCUGAAAAUAUUCUUGUAUCUUUAUCUUUAUUAAGAUUUGGUCAAAUUGUAAAAGGUGUUAAAACAAAAUUUAAAGAAUUAGUUCCUGAAUUAAACAAGGAAGUUGAAGUUGAUUACUAUAAGGCAGAAAUCCAAAAAUUGAAAGAUGAAAAGAAACUAGAACUAAUAUUAUCUAAUCAAUUGAUGAAGAAAUCUAUUGACGGAGAAAGAUUUUCCCAAAUGGAGAGAUGUGUUAAAGAAUAUUUGGAAAAUAGUUGUUCAGCUAUAGAUCUUUUAAAUGUUGCCGAAAUAAAAACAACUUAUGAAAUAUUUAAGGAUAUUUAUCGAGAUUUGGUAAUCAAAAACGAACAAAGUUAUAAAAUUGCGUACAGAACGGCACUGGAAGAUAUUGCAAAAAACAAAAAUAUACUUGAAGACAUUACUAAAAACAACAAAAAUAGCAUUGAUGCAUCAACAGUUAAAUCUAAACAGUCCAUCCUUCCUGCAAAUGGCUCUCAGAGGCCUUCAAAUAGCUCAAAAGCAACAAAUUCUUCAAAAAUGAUAGCGUCUUCCUCUAAAGCAAACAAUUUAAAUGGUUCUAUUAAAAGCGCAAGAAAGGAAUCAAAGAUGCCCGUCAAAUCCGUAGAAUCCACCAUACCCAAUGAGAUACCGGACUUUAACGAAGUAUGGGAUAAAUAUAUUAAGGAUGAAACAACAAAUUAUAAUCAAUAUAUGGAAGAAUACCAAAGUAACGAAGCCAACCUUAAAGAUAUUUAUUUAAUAUAUAAAAAGCAAAUUGAAUUGUUACAACAGCUAAAAGAAAAUGUCGUUAAAAGAGAACAAGAAUUUGAAGAGAUAAAAUUGCUAAAUAAAACUCUUCAAGAAGUAAGUGACGAGGAAAAAAAUAAUCUUUCUGACUGUCUUCAUAAUUUAAACUGUGCAAAAGAAGAAUAUGCAAGGCAAUUAGAUGAAACUCUAACCUGUAAAACACAUUUGCAAGUUAAUUUAAAAAUGAGAAGUGAUUUGAGAAAAUUACUAGAUGAAGACUUUGCAAAUUAUAGUAAGCGUUUGUAUGAUGCAAUGGUUCCUAAUUUAGAGAAUUUCGAUCCUUUGGCUAACGAAACUGUUAAUUUGGACGAUAUCAGUGAAGAGCCGGGUGAAUGUGAAGCCGAAGUAAAUAAGGCUAUUUCUGAUGCUUUGGACGCACCAUUUGAGAAACUUAAAGUACUUAUGAAACUGGAAAUGAAGAAAAAACAACUAUAUUUAGAAACCCAUAAAUCCUUUAAUAAGUCAAAGAAAUAUCAUUAAUUUAAAUAAUAUUUAUUGUAUACUAUUUUUUACUUUACUAAAUAUAAA